AUGGCGGAUACAAGGAAUGGGGAGGACGUGUCACACGUCGGCGAAGGUGACUCUGUUUCGAAAGAUAUUGUUUAUCUUGAAGAAACAUUUUACAUUCUUUCAAAAAAGAAUUCGGUGUUCCGUGUUCAACUUACCUCUAAAGGUUUGUGUUUAACAAAAGAAACAGAUGGAAAUUCAAAGGAGCAAACCAUCCCUCUACGCGAUAUCAUUGGCAGUAAAUGCAUGAGGAGUAAAAGAAGGCGUCCAGGAGCCGGCUCUUGUGUUUGUAGUUCUUUGGUCGGUAGUCAUCAGCUUAAAGUGGUAGAUGAGAACAGCGGCGAUCUAGAUGAGAAUGACAUCAGUGCCUACCUGUACAUAUAUGCGUACAUCUUAAAACGAAGUCGUCGUACCUUGAAAAGAGAAAGAACUACAAUAACAUUGCGUUUUAGAUCUUUCGAUAAAUAUGAGGACAAUAACAGGGAAGCACAGAAAUGGAGGACCACCAUCAAAUGUUUGAUAGCCUCUCAACCAAUUACGUACACUCCACCGUCAAAUGAUAAGAAAUUACUCGUUCUGCUCAAUCCUAAGUCAGGGCCAGGCAAAGGCAGGGAAAUGUUUCAGUCUAAAGUAGUGCCUAUAUUACAAGAGGCAGAGGUACCUUACGAUCUUCAUGUUACAAAGUAUGCACAAUAUGCUCGUGAAUUUGUUCGUACGCGAAAUGUGUACGGUUGGCGCGCAAUUGUUGCUAUCGGUGGUGAUGGGGUGCUGUUCGAGAUAUUAAACGGCAUGUUCGAACGGCUGGAUUGGCAGCAGGCACUGGCAGAAGUACCACUUGCAAUAUUGCCCUGUGGUUCAGGCAAUGGUCUGGCUAGAACAAUCUGUCAUCUUUACAAUGAGCCAUACAUUCCACAAAACUUAACGGGUAUUACUAUGGGUAUAGUAAAAGGCAAGACGACACCAAUGGAUGUCGUACGAAUCGAAACUAAGAGUAAAAUAAUGUUUUCGUUCCUGUCUGUCGGCUGGGGCCUUCUAUCAGACAUCGAUAUCGAAAGCGAAAGAUUACGAGCUAUCGGCGGCCAGAGGUUUGCCGUUUGGGCAAUUGCCAGACUCGUGGGUCUGAGGACAUAUAAAGGUGUAGUGAGUUACGCGAAAAUUAAGGAUGUGAGCAAUUUGCCUAAACCAAAACAACCGCUAACCCUCAGCCACAGUAUCAGCCAAGACGGAGCGCUCGACUCCCCCGAUGCGGAAGCGUUUAUUGAUUGCGAAGAACCGACUGAGGUAUUUACAAACGCGAUUAAUGGAAAACAACAUCAAAGAGUCGAUUCGUGGUAUUCUGUUAAUUCUCGGAGGAGUGCGUUCUUCAGUACACGUGGUUCAGAGUAUCAUAGCGUGACGAGCAGUGGGUCAGAAAUGCGGUCACCAGUCCAUGCCUGUAUGCACGGACCCGCCUCUCACCUGCCGUCCUUAAUGUCACAGUUGCCAUCACAUUGGGUACAAGAAGAGGGUGAGUUUGUCCUGGUCCACGUGUCUUAUCAACCAUAUAUAGGCGAGGACUUUUUAUUUGCACCACGUUCUGAGCUCUCCGAUGGCGUUAUAUGGAUGUUGAUAAUCAAAGCUGGAAUAUCACGAUCUCAACUUCUAUCUUUUCUACUUGGUGUGGGACAGGGUGCACAUGUCGAUAUGAAUAGUGAAUACAUUAAGAUGAUCCCGGUAAGUGCGUUUAGAAUAGUCCCGGAAGAGGGAUCUAGCGGUUAUCUUACUGUGGAUGGCGAAGUUGUAGAAUACGGACCCAUUCAGGCUGAAAUAUUCCCUAAUAUAGUUAAUUUAUUGGUCCCAGAAAUGAAAUAA